UUACUGUUGCCCCGGAGGAGGGCUUGUACCCCGCCCUGCAGUUUUACAUUCGACUGGGAGGAGUGGAUACGCACUGGCAGACACAUACUGACAGGAUGUGGUUAUAGACGCGCUCUCCGCCGGCGUUCAAAGGUAAUAGUCUACUGAGUUUUAAAAUAGCAAGACAAAAAUACAACGUUAAUGUCGUCGAAUCCGGUAUCUGCCAGAAACGAUAAGAUUGUGAGUUCGUGUUUUAACUUUCUUGAUGUGUGUGUGUGUAUGUAUGUAUGUAUGUGUGUGUGUGUGUCGCGCUGCGCGAGGCGGUAGGUGCUCUGCGUGCGGAUCUGGGUUUCCUUCCCACCUGGUUCCUGUUUCCGUGACUCUCUCUACCAGUGUGUCAGGAUGGGCUAAAAACAGUUGCUAUUACCUGAGCACCAUACACCUGGACCCUCCACAGUCUCAUCUGUGCACAGGUGGUGACAGCCUCGGGAACCAUGCAGGGGCCUCGGAGAAAAGUGAAGGUCAUGCUGAUGAUGACAAUGGUGUUUAUAUUCAUAGUCGUGGAGGUCUCUCGUAAUGUCGGGAAAGGUGAUGAAAAGAGUAAAGUGCUGAUUCCCUCAAAGCGUUUCUGGGCCAAAGAUGUUCCCAGUAACGCCUACUGGAAUCUCCAGCAACAACAGCUCGACUACAUCAACAACCACAAUCUAGAAAAUCUCAACUUUACUUUUGACGUUCCAAACUGGCUCAACAAUACAGUCACUCAGGACUCCUGUGAGCCAGAUUUAAGGGUGACCACCCAAGUUAAGGAUUACAAUUCUCUCCCAGAUCGCUUUAAGGACUUAUUGCUGUAUAUGCGUUGUAGGUCGUAUCCGAUCGUGGUGGACCAGCCAGACAUAUGCAAAGACCAACCAUUCCUCCUCCUAGCUAUUAAAUCUUUAGUCCCUCACUUCGAUCGACGUCAGGCAAUCCGUGAGUCGUGGGGAAGAGCUGGUCGUCUCGCAAACAGGACGGUUGUUACGGUGUUUCUUCUUGGUAACGCAGCCGUGGAGGACCAUUUUCCUGAUCUAUCCAAGAUGCUUGAGCAUGAAAGCUCCAUGCAUCGAGACAUUCUUCAGUGGGACUAUAGGGACACGUUCUUCAACCUCACCAUCAAGGAGGUGCUUUUCCUGGAAUGGUUGACUACUCGCUGUUCUGGAGCCAGUUACGUCUUCAAGGGCGAUGACGAUGUUUUUGUUAACACCAUUCGCAUCAUAGAAUUCCUCAGCAAUCUGUCAGAUGCCAAAGCUAAGGAACUUUUUGUAGGGGAUGUGAUUACCAACGCCGGUCCACACAGAGACAAGAAAGUCAAAUAUUUCAUCCCUGAGAGCGUUUUUGUAGGGGCGUACCCUGCGUACGCAGGUGGGGGCGGUUACCUGUUCUCGGGACAGCUUGCCAAGAAACUUCAUGAUGUCACGAGACGGGUGCCUCUCUACCCUAUUGAUGAUGUCUACACAGGUAUGUGCCUUAGGAAGUUAGGCCUUUCUCCCGAGAAGCACAAAGGCUUCAGAACCUUUGAUAUCGAGGUUAAGUACCGUGAUAAUGCCUGUGCCUACAACGGCUUGAUGCUGGUCCACCCGAGAAGCCCACAAUAUAUGAUCAAAAUCUGGACUUGGCUAAAUGACCCGGCCUUGAACUGUAAGUAAACUCAGGGCUGCUUAUCUAUAGGUUUUGGCAGCUUAAAUAUUUUGUUGUUGUGAUGUUUAUUAUUGACAUGUACAUAUAAAUUGUAGAAUCUCCAUGCAUUUCACUGCAAAGGUCAGGAAAAACAGAGCUGUUUCGAUAUGGAUGUAUAUAUCUUAAAUGUGGGUCAAAAUGACUGCACGCAAAGUAUUGUAAUGACAUUCUGUUGGUUAUGUUACAAGUAUUUAAACAGUGCUGUGUUGACAACACUGGGUGAUAGGUCAAACACUGGUUGAUAGGACAGAGGUGCUGGAGAAAAUGGGAUUAUGGGCAGUUCAGCUGGUCUGGACAUGGCACAGUGUCAGGACACAGCUCAUUUCUUAAUGAUCCUUUGUUUUUUAUUUUAAAAUUGUUUGUCUUUAGGCACCUUGACAUUACUACGAUGUGAAUCAAGAUGUUUAAACUUGAUAAAUACUGUUAUUUUUGUUUUGCUACAAUGAAUGAAGAGUUUGUUAAAAUGUGAUUGUAAUUUUUACUCAUGCUUAAUAAAAGGAUAGUUUACCCCAAAAUUAAAAUUCUGUCAUUACUCACCCUCAUGCCAUUUUAAGCUUGUCUAUAGACUCAAAACCAAUUCAAGUCAAUGGGGACCGAAAGUUUUCUGUUACCGUUAUUUUUUCAAAAUAUCUUUGUGUUCUGCAGUAGAAAGAAACCCAUACAGGUUUGAAUUGUCACGAGGGUGAAUGAAUAACGACAUAACUUUCAUUUUAGGGUGAACUUUUCCUUUAACCAAACAUUUUAAGGUAUUUGCACUGUAAAAAUGAAAAGCCCUCAGGGUACCAUUUUGGUUCCUUAAAUACCACAUUGUGAGAUUUUAAGAACUUCAAGGUUUACCUUUAGCAAUCUCAACCGUUUAGUUUAAGUCUGAAGAAUGUCAGUGCUUCCUCCUGUUACCCAAUCAUGGGGUAAUUUUGAGGCAUUUAAAUGUAUUGUGAAGUACUUUGUAAUGUGUUUAGAGGUUCUUUAAUGGUUUUGCAAGGUGCCUUGAGAAUUUGCCUCAUAUUUACAGUGCGUGCUUUAAAGUUCGUUCCAAAAUGUUCUUUGGCAAAAUCAGACAAUCAAUUGCAGGUUGUGAUCCUAUUAUUGUAAAAGCAGAUUAGCCACGGUUGGAUUUUGCCUUACAUUAUGUAUGAGGCCGAAGAAAGUACAGGUUGCAAUUCUGCCAGUAAAGCUGACUUAAACGCUAGUGCCUGACUCCAAUAUGAAUUAUCAGCAACAACACACCAAUUUUAGGAUGUCCACCCUGCUGAAAUACUCAGAGAUUGAUUAUCGAAAUCAGACUUAAAAAUUAACCUAAAAUGUAAAGUCAAAGGCUAUGAGCAGAUCAUGAUAAAGGUUAUGGGGUCUUUUGUUUCAUUUUCCUUUUUUUUUAUCGAGAAGUUUGAUGUUUUAUAUUAUUGCUUCUAGUUCUUGAAAGCCAAAAUUCCAACCGCGGAUGAAGUCUCUUACUGUUACUUUUGGUCAUUGUCUUGUCAUUUUUUCCUAUUUGUUGAAGAAGGCCAAUAGAAAGCCCUCAACCAUCUGACUCCAUUAUGAAACUGAACAGAAUGGACAUAUGUGUUGUAGUGACCCCUGCUGGUAAAGCAGGUUUUUUUAAUAAUAAAUGCACUGCAACCUUUUUCAUAACCUUCAGACAUGUAUUUAAAUAGUAAGUGGUUUGCCAGUCAACUUGUUUUAGUAAGGGCUAUGCUACAGCACAACUGUGUUUGAAUAAUGAAUGUUCAGAAUAACACCCAUGUUGUGGUUUGUCGGCCAUCUACAAAAUUAGGGCUUGGAUCAUAUUUAUAGUUUUUAAGUAGUUGUUCAGCUAGCUGCAAGUAAUGAGGGUCAUAAGUAUGUUUAAGUUUAUUAGUCUGUGCUGCUGAUGGUAAGCUAAACACACAUACUACAAACAUCCUGAUACUGUGUUUGGAAAGAGAAACAAAGUGUUUACAUGUUCUUAUAUUUAUAGGCUUAUAUUUAUAAGAUAUGUCCGAUUAUCAGCUGAUCACUAAGGGAGAUUGCACGUGUUUUUAAUCACUGGUGUUUACCUCCGAGACUGCUAACUCAUGGGAGCUGUGUCAUUGCAACUGGUUGUGUUUGAUGGCAAUUGUAUAAUGGUUUAUUGUGGGAUCAUCGCAUAACAUAACGCUCUGAGAGUGAUUGUGUAUCAGAAAACCCUUUAAAAGCCAUUUAGUUUCUUCAUGUACUGCCUGAGAUCAUUGGCUCCAAAUAUCCAUCAUAACAUAUUUGAAUUUUUAAAUGUUUUGGAAGUGCUGGUCAUUGCUGCAUGAUUGUUUUUUUGUGUAUUUAUGUGUAUAUACAAGCUUUGGAGGUGCUUGUUAUGUGAACGUUGAGUGUUUUCGGGUCCGACAUUUAUUUGCUGAAAAUUUUAUUUUCUUUCCAACAAGAGUCAAGUGGUUACCUUAAUCAUGUUUCAACCAAAAUCACAGGCUUUUAUUUCAUUUUUGUCACUUUAUUUAUAUACUUUUCUUUUUUGUUGCAUGUUGCAAUACCUCUUGUCAAAAUUUCUCUGAACUGUACAAGUGCCGCUACCAAAUUGUGCCCGUUAAUGACUCUUGACAGUCAUCAUUUCUGAAUGAAUAUGCACAUUCCUGUUUAUUUCUGUCAUGUCUGUGUUGGCUUUUGUUUUGAUUCUCAUUAAUAAAGUGAUCUUUGAUGUUUUUGUA